AUGUCGAGCCCUGCCUUGGGGGCCUCUAUUGAGAAAGAUCUAUUGGAGGUCUGGAAGACAGCACAAGUGGAGAGGUUUCAACAAAGUCUAGUGUUUACAUUGCAUAUACGACGGUUAGAUCAUAUCAGCCAUGUAAAAGAUAAAGAAUUCCAGGCUAUCGGCUUGUCUCCAUCUCAAAUACGUAGCUUAAGAAGUGCAGCAUCUGAAGCUAAGAAACAGAUCACUCGAAGAAAUGCCGACCCUGAACUGAUAUAUAUAAGAGGCGACAAUUUGGUUGAUCAUAGUACAGUUGAUCCGAACAAAGCUGUCAUUUCUAGGAGCCAGAUCAAACUGAUGGAACCAAUCGGAGAGGGAACGUUCUCCAUAGUCAAGCGUGGCAAAUGGUACAACUCCAGCGGAAGUGGGGUAGACGUUGCUGUAAAAAUUUUACGAGAAGUGUCCCCAUCGAUUAUGGAAGAUCUCCAAGCCGAAGCAAGUCAUCUGCUCAAGCUUCAACAUCCAAACCUUAUUCGAUUAUACGGUGUGGUGAGCGAGCCAGCAAUGAUGGUUUUCGAACUCUGCGAAGGUGGUGAACUGCUCAGCCGCUUACGAGAUACAAGCAAACCUGUUCCGCUAGUCACCACUCUACUAGACUACUGUGUUCAAGUGGUGAAGGCUCUGACGUUUCUGGAAAGCAAGCAUUACGUACACAGGGAUGUGGCGGCCAGAAAUAUCUUGCUAAGUAAAGACGAGAAGGUAGUAAAGCUGUGUGACUUUGGAUUGAUGAGAAGCCUCAAAGAAAAUGAAAGAGCGUACGUCAUGCACGCACAGAAUCGAGUUCCUUUCUCAUGGUGUCCUCCUGAAUCUUUACGUCAUCGAAAAUUCUCACAUGCCUCUGAUGUGUGGGCGUUCGGCGUUACAGCAUGGGAAAUUUUCACACUAGGAGAAGAUCCAUGGAUUGGUUGUCGCGCUAUAGAUGUCCUAAAGCGCCUUGAUGCUGGAGAGCGUCUCGAAAAACCGCGAUUUUGUUCCCAGCAAAUCUAUGAUUUGGUUGUUCUGUGCUGGAAUAUCGACCCAGACCUCAGGCCUAAGUUCAGCCUGUUGAGGACCUUGCUGUUAGGGGCCGAGUUUAACGUAGCAGAGGUCCGCGAUGCAACGCAGUCAGGGCAAAAGGAAAAUAUGCUUGAGAUGUCGCUUGGCGAUAAAAUUAUCGUGAUCGAUAAUAGCGGCCUCCUUUGGUACGGUCAAAACGAGCGGACUCGAAAGUUUGGAAAAUUCUUGCGAUCUUCAGUAUUUGUUCACGGCAAGUCUAUGGUGAACCAUUCACAACGUGAGACCGCGGUUUCAGUUGGGAACAGCAGGAUAUCAUUACCUAUUCGAGGUUCUUUUUUUGCACUUCGGAUGCGCAUCUUUCAAAUUUGGAUUCCAUUUGAGAUGGGAUCCAAUCUUUUGCGCGCAGGAAUUGACGUUUUAUCAAGCGAUUGA